UUUUUAAAAUGCGUUGCGUAGUGUUCGGAUGCAAUAAUAAUAAUGGUAAAUAUUGUGCUACGAAAUUGGAGAUUUUUCCAUUUCCCUAAAGAUAAAACAAUACAAAAACAAUGGAUUCAUUUUUGUCGUCGUACGGACAAAAUUAAUGUUAAAAAUGCAUGCAUUUGUGAAGUGCACUUCGGGCCAGAAGCCUUCGAAAGAAACUUGCAGUUUGAAAUGGGAUUAAAUUCACGGAAUCCAACUUAGUUGCUACCUAGCAUUUUUCCCACGUUAACCACUGCUCCUGCAGAGGCUAAUGAACGGCAGAAAAGGAUGGAGUCUUGUUCCAAAAAAGAGAUGUUAACAACAAUGUAGAAGAAUACCGCCCCUAUUGAAGUAAUUCAAGAAGACGAGGUUGGAGAGGCACCUCAAACUACAGGAGAAGAGGUCAUCGAUGAGAAAGACGAGAAAAUACUGCCUUUGGAAACAGAAAUACAAAGGCUGAAUAGUAUUGUUAGAACUUUGAAUAAGUGCAAAAACGCGCAGUUAGCAGAAAUUAAACGCCUGGGGACUUCCAUUAAUCCAAUUACACGCAAUUCCACAGAAAUAAUUUGGAGCAAAAACUUAGCUGCAUUUUCACCAACAGCCAGAUGGAGAUGAAUAAACAAAGAACAACGUGGACAAAUAGUGAUGAAGAUGAUUAAUAGAUUUGCACAUCUACGCAGACAUAUCUGUGCAAAUGGCGCACAAAUUUACUGCAAAAGAAGUGCAUGUUAAAAUACGUAAUCUUACACAAAAAUAUAGAGACGAAAGGAAAAAAGUUGGGCCCUCGGGGGGCAGCCCAUCGCUGAGGAAACAUUUUGAUGCAGUCCAUCAAAUUAUCGGACCGACAGCAGCGAAUACUGCUGAAGUAUACGAAUCGUUUAUUGUGUCAUCUAUGGCUAUAGGAUCACCAGAACCAAUGUCGCCAGAGCCAGAACAAAUGUCGCCGGUGUGUACGCCAGUAAUUGCAUUGACGAACUCGCCAUUAGGUAGCUCGACAACAGCAGCGGGUGAAUCUCCAAGUAAAAAGAGAAAUUACAUGGUCGAACUAAUAAAAGUGGCAAAAGAACAAAACGAAUUGCUGAAGACAGUGGUGGAGGACGGGAAAAUAAUGACUGAGAGAGUUGUUACUGCAAUUGAAGAACAAAGUAGUAAUACAAAAGAGUUUAUAGGUAUUAUGAAAACUAUUUUAGAAAAAAUGUAAUAAUAAAAUGAAUUUUAACUGAAUAUUAAUUUUAGAAAAAAUGUAAUAAU